CCUCCCCAAAAUCCUCCCUCCUCCCCCCCCCCGGAGGAUGCUGGUGAAGGCGGAGAGCCCCGCGCCGCCGGCGGAGGACGAGCUGCUGCUGCUGCGCCUCGCCUCGCCCGCCCCCUCGCUGCCGUCCAGCGCCGGCGACGAGGAGGAGGAGGAGGAGGAAGAGGAGGAGGAGGAGGAGGCGGCCUCCCCGGCGCGGCCCGGCUCGGCUCGGCCGUCGGGGCCGCGGCGAAGGGAGGCGAAGCGGCGGCCGGGGCGGUGCCGCACGGCGGAGGCGGCGCAGCGCCUCAAGCGGAGCCGGCGGCUGAAGGCCAACAACCGGGAGCGCAACCGCAUGCACCACCUGAACGCGGCGCUGGACGCCCUGCGCGACGUGCUGCCCACCUUCCCGGAGGACGCCAAGCUCACCAAGAUCGAGACGCUCCGCUUCGCCCACAACUACAUCUGGGCGCUCACCGAGACGCUGCGCCUGGCCGGGGCGGCGGCGGCCAGGGCCGGCCCCGACGGCGGGCUGGAGGCCAGCCCCUCGCCGGCCUCGUCGUGCAGCCCGGCGCCCUCCGCCUCCCCGUACGCCUGCACUUUAUCGCCAGCCAGCCCCGACGGCUCCGCGUCGGACGCCGAGCACUGGGGGCCCCCCCGGGGCCGCUUCGUGCCGCCGCCGCCGCCUCCCCGCCGCCGCCUCUAGCCCCGCCGCCCGCAGCCCCUUCCCCAGAUUUUCUGCCCCCCUGCGUCCCAAGUUUUCUCUGCCCCCACCUCCGACGUUGCACUUUGUCCGCUCUCCCAGCUCCCGGGCCUUUUGUGUGUCCCCCCCGCCUUCCCUGCCGCUCCCCGUUUCGCCAGCUGUCUCCUGUGAUUUACGAGGUUUGGGGUGGGGGGGUGGGGGUCCAGAGAGAGAGAGGAAAAAAAAGUGGUGUUGUUAGGGGGCCAGGUUAGAAGUCAUUGUAUAAUUUGUAGGCUUUGUGAGGGCUGAAUGCAAGCGUGGAAAUUUAGGCUGAACUCUCUAUCAAAAGGGAAAAAAAAAAAAAAAAAAAAACGUCGAGGGAAAAGGGGGGCGUGAAUCGGGAGGGAGGGCUCCUCAUGCAUUAUUUAUUUCGACCUUUAGGGGACGAGGAACUCCCCCCUUCUUUCAGGAGAUUAAAAAUAAAUCAACAGACUGAAAACCUAAACAGACACGGAACAUUACAGCGAUCAGCCACACACGUGUUCACAUUUAUUUAUUAUAAAGAAAGAUUUCAUGGAAAAUAUGUAUUUUUUUGUAUAAUUUACAGAGUUUAUUCUAGUAUGUAUUUACAGCUGAAGAGCAAAGGGACUGUUCUCGUCAUAAAAUAUAAAUAAAAUAUCUAAUUUUCAUAA